AUGGGCCAGUUACUCUCACACCCUGUGGAGGAGAAGUCUAUCGACUUCAAGAGCCACGGUACGCUCUCGUACUGUGUUGGUGCCAUGCAGGGCUACCGGAUGACCAUGGAGGAUGCCCAUGAUGCUCGUGUGGCGGAAAACGAGCAGUUGGCAGUGUUUGGCGUUUUCGACGGCCACGGCGGCAAAGACGUGGCGGAGCGCCUCCGCACGCUGCUUGUGCCCGAAAUCUUCCGUACUCUCAACGCAGACGGGCCGCAGGUACUGUUGCGCAAAGUGCUUGCCCAAAUCAAAGACUGUUUCUUCAAAGUGGACGCUGCGCUUCCCGAGGCCCAAGCAGCAAACUGUGGGCUGACUGCAGUGGUGGCAACCAUUUUGGCCGGCCGAUAUAUCGUGGUGGCCAAUACCGGUGAUCUGCGGGCCAUCCUAUCGUUGCCUGGCGGGCUUCCGAAAACGCUUUCGUUUGAUCAUAAACCGCUGACCAUGGGCGAGCGCGUCCGCAUCGAGAAUGCUGGAGGCUACGUGGCCAAUUCUCGCGUCAAUGAGAUUCUUGCGCUUCUGCGGGCGUUCGGCGAUGCUAGUUUCAAGCUCCCGUGGCUAGAACUCAGCGCGUCAGGCUCCCACAACUCGUAUCUCGAACGCAACAGGGGGCUUGUGCACGACAAUUUGGUACCGAUUCCUCCUGAACUCUACCAGGUCAGCGUUGAGCCUGACAUCAUGGUGUAUGACCUAGCAGUGAUGCCACAACCCGAGUUCCUAGUGUUGGCUUGCGACGGGAUCUGGGACUGCUACACCAACGAUCAGCUUCUCGCGGUAAUUCGUGAAAAGCUUCAUGAUGGUUGGCAACUCCAACAUGUCGUGGAGUAUGUGUUGCACGACUGCAUCAGUAUGGCCUCCAACAUAACCGGAAUUGGCUUUGACAAUAUGACACUUGUAAUUGUGGUUCUCCACGGUUCUCAGACGUACGAUGAAUGGCAUGCUGCUAUGGCACAAUCCUAG